CAUCAUCAUCAGAUCGGCAAAAAUCCCCAUCAACAAGAAAUUAUUGCCCCGCCCCCCCUCGACCUCAUCCAAAAUUUUAUCCCAUCCCUAUAAAAUUUUCACAAUGGAACCCCAGCUUACUCGGACGUGGACGAGGUCCGAGGACAAGGUGUUUGAGAACUCCCUGGUGCGGUACCCCGAGGGCACGCCGAACAGGUGGUGCCUUAUAGCUCUCCAGGUCCCGGGCAAGAGCCCGGACGAUGUGCGAGUUCAUUACCAGGCGCUGGUGCAGGAUAUCGAGGCGAUUGACUGCGGGGCAGUGGAACUACCGGAGUAUGAGGAUGAUGAAGAUGAUGAUGGGUUUAGCCCGAGGAUAGCGUUUGGGUCGAAGACGAAGAGGGAGGAGAGGAAGCGGGGGACGCCGUGGACGGAGGAUGAGCACAUACGAUUUUUGGAGGGGUUGAAGAGGUACGGAAAGGGAGAUUGGAGGAACAUAGCAAGAUGGUCGGUGAGGACUCGGACUGCAACUCAAGUGGCAAGCCACGCUCAAAAGUAUUUUCUCCGCCAACAAAAGAGUGGAAAAAAUAAAGAGUCCAAAAGAAAAAGUAUACAUGAUAUCACUGAAGAUAGUAUAGAUGAAAUUACCGAGCCUAAAUCUAUACACCCCUGUGAUCCUAUGUAAAUGAAUGAUUAUUGGGGAAAAAAAAGGAAAAACACUAGAGUUUGAUGCAAUGGUUGAUAAUAGUGUAGAAAGGGCGACAACUAGAUUGGGGUUGGAGUAUAUAGACCAUGAAAGUCGCAAGUUUUUGGUGUAUUAUGAGAGUUAUGUAAACGAGAAUGUGGAGAUAUGCUUCUCACCUGUAGAUUCAAUGGUUUGCAUGGGCAUGCAACGUACAUACUACUGCCUUCGUGUAUUUUACGGAAGAGGUUGUUAAUGGGAAGCAAAUGUAAUUUAUAAUUUUUCUUUAUGCGUGUAUCCGUCCGAUCUCUGUCUAUUUCCACUUUCCAAGCUAUCCAAAGAUAAUGAUUUAGUGGGUAGUUUUCCAAAUGUAGAGAUUUGAGGGGUGAUUUUGCAAAUAUGGAUUUAAAGGUUA